AUGGAUGAUGGCGCAUCGCCUUCCAAAAGGCCCUAUAUUCGACUUACCUCAUUCCUCAGCAAUGUAACCAAAAAUGCCGGUGAGGAAGUGCGAUUCAAAUGUGAAGCUGCCGGUAGUCCACUUCCUCUUCAGUUCAGCUGGCUGAAGAACCAUGCACCUGUUGAAAAAAAUCGUAAAACAAAAGUUAAAAAUCGUGAAUACUGGUCGCGCUUGGUAAUCACCGAUUUGGAGGUUCUCGACAGUGGAUAUUACCAGUGCGUUGUGAGCAAUUCGGUGGCCAGUGUCAAUACCACUGCUAUUCUCAGGAUCACAACCGAAGGACCUGCCAUAUCUGGCACAUAG